AUGUCCACCGAAAAUCAACCAGAGAUCAUUUUGUAUGAUCUAGCUUGUGUCAAGAACCUCUGCUUUUCUCCAGUAGCCUGGCGUAUUCGCAUGAUCCUCAACUACAAGAAGAUCCCCCAUCGAACGAUCUUUAUCGAAUUUCCAGACAUCGAGCCAACCAUGAAAGCGCUCGGUCUUCCCCUCCCCGAAUCAGAAACCAAAUAUACAGUCCCAGCAAUCCAGCAUGUUCCUAGCAACACUUACAUGAUGGGCUCGGAUCCCAUAUCUGAGUUCCUGGAGUCGAACUGCCCAGAGCCAGCGCUGAAUAUGGUAUCAGAGUUGGGAACGAAGAUCCAGACUGAGGCCCGCACGGUAGCAUGGUCAACAUUCCGCAACUCAGUCAUGCCACGCGAGUACAAAAUCUUCUCUCCUCGAUCGCAGCAAUUCUUCCGUCGUACACGCGAGGCCACCCUUGGCCAUCCACUCUUCUCGAUGGAGGAGAACUGGAGGGCUAUUGAUCCCGAUAUGCAGAAAGUGAAUACCUUGCUUUUGACCAAUAGUGCGCAGGGUCCGUUCAUUCUCGGUGAACAACCCAGCUAUGCGGAUUUCUUCAUCGCGGGUGUUCUCCAAUGUGCAAGGACGAUCGAGGAGAGUGUUUUUCAGAGAUUGGUCCAGUACCCUGGUUUUGACCAGGUCUACAAUGCGUGUCUUCCCUUCAUGGAGAAGAGAGACUAG